ACCUCCCAUUCACCAAGCAGGAGGCGGAGCUGAUGGCUCAGUAGCUGCUGAGAGAUGCUUGCUUGCUUGCCCGCUCUGCUACUAAUCGGCAUUGGAGAGCAACCGGCACUGGGAGCUCAGCCCGAUUCCCAAGCAGCCACCACCAGUGAACCCAGCCGGUUUCAGUGCCUCCAUCUCCCGUGCUCUCAGUUGCCUCAGCCAUUUCCAGUGCAGAUAUACCAGGGAGUCACACCCACACCAGCAAAUUCCACCAACCCCUCCAGUGCAGGUAGAACGUCCAUCCUGGAAUCACACCUACCAUAGUCAGACCUACAUGGAUUUAUUACUGACAUUCAAAUCUUCCUUUGCUGGAUCUAUCCCUAACUGUCAUCUGCAUCCAAUCCAUUGCCAAUCUCAAGCAUCUCUGAGGAACAUCUAACACCUGCCUUGGCUGAAGCUCUCUCUCAAUUUCACUCUUAACUGGAGCAUUUCCAUAAGAGACAUAUCUAGCCCAGGCAGGACCUCCGCUAUCACUUUGCGACAAACUGAACCUUGGGAAACAACAAAUGCCAUCCAAGUGAAUCUCACCUACUAGACACCAUCUCUAAUGGACCUUCAGGCCAGACCUCCAGCCUCAGUUUGGGAGCCACAAAUACCCUACAUUGACUGUCAAAACCUAUAGGAUCCAUCUUGUGUCAAAGAAAACCCUGCGGUAUCACCAGAAGCCCCGAGAGUCACUCUUAGUCUGACUAGACCUCCAACAUCCAACAGGAAUUUGAAGCAAAACUGCCACUACUCUUAAAGCAACCAUCCAUAGCCAACAUAGCCACACCAAUUUCCUCUAUAUAGGUCUCUUGGACCAAGUACCCAGGUUAGUGUUGCCCUAUGAACUCCAGCACUUUGAUAGCAGUUCCCAUUAUUUUUCCCACUGAACUCAGUGCCCAACUGAGCUUCCACAAUCUUCCAAAGCCCUUAAUGCAUGUCCCAUAACAUUCAGCACCUUUCAAAUCUACCCUUGGGUCUUUCAUCCGGCACGCUGCUUCCCCCACUCUCCCCCCUUCCUGUGACCCCCUCUUGUGCCCCCUCCUUGGCCUCUUCGUCCACCUCAACUUUGGGGAUGACGGCAGGGGAAUUCCCUCAUGGGAGCCCAGGGAGGGUGCCACAAGCUGGGCGAGGUUGUGCCCUAUGUGGCUGCUAUAAAAUGUUGUCUGUGAUUGUGCUGCUGGCACAAGGGGCUUUACUUGACCUCUACUUGAUUGCUGGUACGGACCUAUACUGGUGCUCUUGGAUAGCCACUGACCUUGUUGUGGUAGCUGGAUGGGGUAUAUUUUACUCCAAAAACAGCAGAGGGCAAAGAGCUAGACAGGGUUCACUUAACCCCUCCGGAUAUGGGCAAGUGAAGCUACACAAGAAGGGUCAGUUUGCCUACAGCCACCUGGCUUGGCUAAUUUACUCAAUUGCCUUUACUCCAAAAGUGGCUCUGAUACUUUGCACUCCCAUAUUGGAUCAGAUUGAAGCUGGAGUUCCCCUUGGGCGCACUGGGUUCAGACUUACAGUCUCUCUCUCUGUACCACUUCUAUGGACACUAGUCCGUUCCCUCAGUGCUGAUCCUCGGGGCUGGCUGCACCAAAGAGCAACUGGAUACUUUGUGGCUUCCUGUCUGGAUCUACUGGACAGCUAUGCCCUGUUGGAGCUCAUGUUGGAGGAGAAGCUGCCCUACUCCCCUUUUAUGCGUUAUCCCCUUCUUGUGGUGUAUUUUGUGGCUUUAGUCUCCCCUGUGCUCUGGCUAUUCGAACUGGAUGCUGGAGCCCCACCAGGCUGCUGUCGCCUGUUCUUGCGCCUUAUUUUUGGUACCCUUGUUGAUGCUCCACUUCUUGCCCUACGGUGCUUUUUCAUGUUGGGUUCAGCUGGUCAACCAAUCUCUGUUUUCAUGCUGAAAAACAUCUUUUUCUUGGGCUGCCGUUGGCUAGAAGUUUUGGAGCUGUGCUGUCUUCUGAGAUCCCCAGGUCCUGAGCAUUCUGACCGGCCCCCUGGACAGUUCAGCCAUUGUGUGUCCGAGAAUGAUAUGGGACCUCAUGCCUAUGUCAACACAUUGGCCGUUGCCUCACAGAACUGAGGAUCAUCACAACUCCAUCUCUACAGGAGCAUGGUUCCUUGCAUUUCAACAUGGGUAACAUCCAAAUUUGAACUUGAAACUCACCUUAGAUUACUAGUUGCCACAUUUUUAAUUUA